AUGGAAUGUGGGGAUGAAGCGGAAACUGAGAGAAGUAAUGAAGAAAUUGAUAUCGAAACUACUGGGAAUGAAACAGUGACAGAAAGGGUAAAAGAGCCAGAGAUUGGACUAGUGUUUGACUCAAUUGAUGAGCUAGAGAAGUAUUAUAAAUCCUAUGGAAAAGGAAUAGGGUUUGAAGUUUGUAAAAGGACAUCAAGCAAAGGAGAUGAUGGGGAAUUGAAGUACAUAACAUUCACAUGUUCACGUUUUGGCAAGCCUAGUAGCAAGUCAAGACAUGCAUUUAAAUUACGACCAGUUGCAAAAUCAGAUUGCAAGGCUAAACUCAAUGCAAAUUUACUCCCUGAUGGAAAAUGGUUAGCGUCCUCCAUUGUGCUUGAACAUAAUCAUGAUCUUAGUACUCCAAGCAAAAGACGGUUUUAUAAAAACUCAAGAGAAUUACCGCCACAUGUUAAAAAGAGGUUAGCAACAAAUGAUAUAGUUGGAAUAAGACCAAAAAAGAAUUUCAAUUCCUUUGUGGUUGAAGCCGGUGGACAUGAGAAUAUAACAUUCCUAGAGAAAGAUGUGAGAAAUUUUCUUGAUAAGGUAAGGCGUCUGCGACUAGGGGAGGGAGAUGCUACUGCUAUUCAAAAGUAUUUUCUGAAAAUGCAAGUUGACAACUCCAAUUUCUCUUAUUUAAUGGAUAUAAAUGAGGAGGGUCGACUAAGGAAUGUGUUUUGGGCAGAUGCAAGAAGCAGAGCUGCUUACGAGGAAUUUGGUGAUGCUGUGACAUUUGACACCACAUACUAA